AUGACCAAAAUGGCGGACUUGCCAGCGGAGGGGAACUCCCUGAUAAGAGCUGUCUAUCAAAGCCGCCUUCGCCUCACCAGGCUGUUACUAGAGCGUGGUGCCUACAUCAACGAGAGCAAUGACAGAGGUGAAACUCCGUUAAUGAUUGCUUGUAAGACAAAACAUGUGGACUCCCAGAGUGCCAGCAAGGCAAAGAUGGUUAAAUACCUACUGGAAAACAAGGCUGAUCCGAACAUACAGGACAAAUCUGGAAAGACAGCCUUGAUGCAUGCUUGUUUGGAAAAAGCAGGCCCUGAAGUGGUCUCUCUGCUACUGAAAAGUGGAGCUGACCUAAGCCUGCAAGAUCACUCCAACUGCUCUGCACUUGUGUAUGCAAUAAACUCUGAAGACAAAGAGACCUUGAAAAUUCUUCUCAAUGCCUGCAGGGCACAAGGAAAAGAAGUCAUCAUCAUCACAACAGACAAGUCCCCAUCAGGAAGGCAAAAAACGAAGCAGUACCUGAACAUGCCUCCUGCAGACCUCGAGGAAUGCCAUUCCCCAACUGGUUGCAUUUCCCCAUCAGAAAUAGAACUGAAAACCUCUCCAUUCCCAUUUUCAAGUUCAAAUGAAACUCAAAAAGCACUAUUGAGCUUUAAAGAGCUGGAUCAUCCACGAAGAGUGGACAAUUCAUCUCAAACAGUUUCACCAAAAAGAAAAUCCAGCUCAACGAAAGUAGGCUCCAGGCUGGCACAAGUGCAGCGGCUACAGUCUGAGCAUUGGGUAAAGGGCUCUCCGUCACUGUUUCACCAGAAUAAAAUUGCCUCUUUAAAAAAGGAACUUAAGGAUAUUACUCCAAAAGAACUCUCUUUUAAAAUCAAUGGCCUUGCCUUGUCAAAGAAAUUCAUCACCAGACACCAAAGUAUUGACAUAAAAGACACUGCUCAUUUAUUGAAAACCUUUGAUCAAACUGGAUCAAGGAAAUUAUCAUAUGAAGAGAUGAACUCUCAGACUCCUUGUGUUGAAGAGAAUCAUAACCCCAGUGGGAUUCCUAUGGGUAAGGAUGCCAGUUCAGGACAAAUCAGCUUUGUUUCAAACCUCAGCAGUAUUAUCCAGAGAAGGAAUUUAGGAACAAAUCACUACAGCUCUGAUUCUCAGUUUACUAUUCUAAGUCCUGCUGCUGCAGAAGACAGUAAGUCAGUGAUAGCAAAGAAAAAGAUUCUUUCUCCAUCUCACUCUUUGUUACCAAGUUCUAGAGAAGUACUGGAGAACACACCUCCUGUUACUCUGAGCAGGAGCAAUAAAGCUUGUCUAGAAAGACAUGGCUCAGGAGCCUUAUUGUUGGAUCAUUAUGCUCACACAAGACCAGGUUUUCUUCCACCACUGAAGGUGAAUCCUCACCCCGCAAUUCCAGAUAUUACUUUCAUAAACAAGGUUCCUGGGAUGGUUUCCUGUGGACAAAAACCCUUAAUACCAGCAGCACCUGCUUUGCCUAGGGAGACCAAAAAUACACAAGUGCUACGGAGGCAGUCAUUACAGACUGACCAGAUUAAGCAAUUAAUGAAUUUUUAA